AUGUUGGUAAGAGUUGGAUACUUAAGCUUCUUCAUGGUUGGAGUGCUCUCAAGGCUUCGCUCUAUAGGAGUGGCACCCGAUAUAAGGAGAAGGGCGGAAGUCCAGGUGCCAUUUUAUCUUGCUGAAUUGACAGAGAAGACUAGUCAGGAAGACAGGAUAGAGAUUUUGAAGGUUGCGCAGGCCAAGUCAAAGGAGUUUCUUUCAUUCUGUGAUGGAAUGGAGCUUGUACUUGAAGAUGAGUUGGAAACAUCUGAACAAGGAGGUCAUAAUAGUUUUGUAGAUAGAAGGGCUAAGAAGAUUGCUCGUUUCAAGCGCCAACGUGUUGCAGAGUCUAAGCUUUUAGAGUUAAAGGAACGCAAAGAACGACGCAUGGCUUACAACAAUUUCAUUGGCUAUCUGCAAGAGGAGGAAAUGCUUUCCGCAAUAAAGGAAAAGAAAGAGCAGGAAGGAGCAAUUGAAAUUUCAGAGGCUAUACUUGAGGAACGUGCGAAAACAGUAGAAGAUUGGCAUCGAAAUGCUGCUGCUCGUGCUAGAUACAUGAAACCAGCAGCACCAAUUACAUGUGCUACUUUUGCUCAGGAUGUUUUGGAGGGAAGGGCCAAAGUAUCACAGCCACACGAUCACAAACACCAACAACCGCUGUUGUUUGGGCCGACUAGUCUUGUGCGACCCGGUGGUGGUACAAGCCACAUGGAAAGGAUUGCUGCAUAG